CCCACUCGGCUUCGGUUGGCUUCUCUUGCUCGGGUGUUUCCGCUGUCGGUGGCAGCACUUCGGCUUCACUCGGCACUUUCCGCCGCGGCUGGCUGUCGCCUUCGGCCCCGCGCGCGCCGGCAGGCUGCUCAGCCCUGCCCAUGUCGGACGUGCUGGCUGCCGCCGCCGGCUACCGCUUCGAGCCCCUGGCUGCUGGGGCGCCGGAUGGAUCCGCUUCGCAGGGCCUCUCAGAAAAUGAAGACUUAGCCCAAAAGACAGAGCCUGCAGAUCAGCUGAUUGAUUCUUUGGAGUCCAGUACUUUGCAGAGCAGGUCACAGGCUGGGUUGCCUGUGAAUGCGGGCACGACAGAGGAUUCCAAGGAAGGAGCUGGCACUUUGGAGGACAGGGAAGUGUCUGAACUGAAAGAGAAGCUGCCUGAUGAAAUCCAGUCCCUCAAAAAGGAAGCUGUUGUUCGAAUGACCAACUACCAUGUACCUCAAGGAGCAGGAGAUAUAGUCAUGAUUCAGUCAGAUCACACUGGUGCUGUGGAUAUCCUUUCAGCUGAGCUGGAGACUGCAGGUCUCCUUGGUGAACAGAGGAAAGCUCAGCCUCCCCCUCUGGCUCCACCCACCAUGUGGACCACUGAGAAGACGAAGGAAUUCAAAGCCAAGGUGGGAAGGGAGAAGAAUGGCCGGAUGGUGGUGAAGCGAGGCGAGGUGGUGACAGUCCGUGUGCCAACCCAUCCUCAUGGGAAAUGCAUUUGCUGGGAGUUUGCUACAGAUGACUACGACAUUGGUUUUGGAGUCUACUUUGACUGGACCACAGUUACUAGCACUGCCAUUACUGUUCAGGUCAGCGAAUCCAGUGAUGAGGAGGAUGAAGAGGAGGAGGAGGAAAACGAAGGACUCGCCCCUGUUGGUGAUGUGGAAAGAGGCUCCAAAAGCUAUCUGCGGAACCGCUACGGAGAGAUCAUGCCAGUAUAUCGGAGGAACAGCCAUCGGGAGGUGCAGGCAGGCAGCCACGAGUACCCAGGCGAGGGCAUCUACCUGCUGAAAUUUGACAACUCAUACUCUCUCCUCCGCAAUAAGACUCUGUUCUUUCAUGUCUAUUACACUAGCUGAACUAAAGGGAAGGGCAGGGACGGCAGGCAGGUAAUGGUGAAUGUAGCAGGCUGCCACCCAACCCUGGUACUGCCUCAUGGGCACUGCUGUGUGACGGAACCAAGGCACAGUUCUGCCGGCUCUUCUUCGGACACUAACUGGUUUCUCCCCACACCCUCCUUCCCUUCUGUCCCAGUGGUGAAAGGUAGCUGUGUGUGCCUGGUUGUCCACAGGCAGCUGCUCUUUCUGUAAAACUUUGGGAGAUCUGCUCUGUGCAGGCAUUGGGCUGGGCCUUCAUGUCACAGCUGGUAAAUGCCCAGAGGCCAAGUUCAGGUGGUCAUGGUUUUGAUCUGUUGCACUGGUACAAAACGAAGUGAAAAUAUUUUUGAUCCAUUACUAUUUUGUGACUAACUUUUCCAACUUUCCUGCUGUAUCUGCAUCACUAGAGGGUGGCUGUCAGUUGCAGUGAGCCAAAAGCACAGCUGGCUUGUCACCUAGCCACCUAGAUGUCAUCACCUACCACCACUACGGUCACCAGCACCUAGUGCUUCCUCCACUCGUGCGGGUGGGGGCGCAGCUGGCUAGCGGAAGCCCCUGCUGCAGUGGCUUGGCCAUGCUACAACAGGCAGCCCCGGACAGCAGUCACAGCACGUGUUCAAACAGGGAUGGGAGAGAGGGUGCACUCCUACAAGUCCAUAAGAAGGUUUCCCUACAGAUUAAGAAUUGGAUGUUACACCUGUUGAUAGCAGCGGUAUGCGGAUGAUUAAAACUUCAGUGACCGCCAAAAGUUUUUCUGUAAUCCAGAUGCGAAGGAGAAGAAAUUACUGCUGUGCUGGGUAAAUAUGAGAAGGUUGGAGUGCAGCCAAAAAAUAGGGAGUAUUUCACAGUAGCAGCAUGUUGGUUCACUGGCAUUGCUGCCAGCUGGAUAAUACUGUACGUAGCAAGGAAAAAAGGCUCCCCAGAGAAUUGUAGCUUGUCUGCUGCUAUUGCUGUUGCAAAGGUAUUGUUAAAGAAUAAUAUCUCUGCUCAGAAACUUGAAAGAUAUGGGAUUUAAACAAUCCUUUCUGUGUACCAGAAUCAGCAAGGCCAUUGCUAACCCUGAUUAUGUGGUAAAGGGUGGAGUUCCUUGGCAUGUUUUUGUGGCUAGUGGUGGCACUGGUGAUCACCUUCUGCUCAAAUACUGGCAGAGUUGAACAAGGAUUAAGUUAAUCCUUCAGAGAUGAAUUUUAAAUCAUGUUUAUCUGUAACUUGUUUAUUUUAAUACUUUUAAAUUGAAAUCAUUCUCUUUUCUAAGAAUACUGCUAUAUUUACAUCUUUUGAUACCUCUGCAGAGAUAC